CCCCUUUGUUGGGCCUCCCAUAUGGAUCUAUUUUGCGUCUUUGAUUAUGCAUUGUAUCAUCUCCGUCUCUGAUCUUCUGCCUCUCUCUGGGCUGGGUUUUAUUUCUGCAUGUCGCAAGAGCUACUGAGGUGCCAUUUUUGACAAAUAAAGGGGAGAAAACCAGAUAAGCUGUCUGGACCAAUUAACAGCUUUUCAGGGGGUUUCAUUUUCGUAGGGACUAAUCCACACAUAUCAUCAUGAGCACAUUAGAAGAAAGACGUGAGGCCCGUCGCCGCAGGCGACAACAAGAGGAGGCUGGGCUACAGUUGACCAGUGAGGAAGAUUUUCACCUCCAGGAACGUUUGGAACGACGCAGAAAGGAACGGGAGGAAAGGUUGAAGCUCAUAGCGGCCGGGGUAAAUGCAAUUAACGGGGAGGAUGAACUAGAACGUCGACGCAGGGAGAGGCGAGAGAUGAGGCUCAGGUCCUCAGAGACCACAGAAGAAACCACCACCAGUCGCCGCAGUCGCCGCCGUGGCACAGAGGACGAAACUGAUGCCACUGAGGAAUCAUCAUACACAAGUACGCGUUCACGUCGCCGACGCGGAUAUGACGAGGAGGACACCCCAGCAGCUCCUGAGGAACCACAAGUAGACCCAGAGGAGGAAGCUCGCAAGCGUCGAGCAGCACAGGCUGAGCAGGACAGACUCGAAGAGGAGGAGCGAGCUCGCAAAGAGGAGGAGGCAGAGGAACGAGCAAGACAGGAGGAAAUCAGACGACAACAGGAGGAAGAGAGGAGGAGACAGGAGGAGGAAAGAAGAAGACAAGAGGAGGCAGAACGUGCUAAAAGGGAAGAAAUAGACAAUAUCCUAGAGAGACAGAGAAAAGAACGAGAGGAGCAGGAAUUGAAAAUUAACGAGAGGAUACGCAACUUACAAAGUGCAAAAGACACAGUGAAUGAGGACUUGUUUAUUGAUGAGGAUAGUUGGAAUAAUCAUUCAAACAGAGGCAAUAAUUUGUUAGAAAUGGACAGGAGGAAAUCAGAGAGCAACAAAACCAGUCAGUUAAAGACCUUCUUUGAGGACAGAAUGGAGGAGCAGAAAUCAAAUGGACUUCAUGUUGAGGUCCUCAGAAAAGAUGGAUCUAACAGAAGACAUCAUCCAGGCAAUCUAAGUUUGGAUGAGUCAAGUCAGUCACAUGUUCAAGAAAGAUUGAUCAAAUUUCAGUCUUCUUUGCAAAAUUCACCAAAGGAUACAGCCAAAGACAUACAUUUAUAUCAUGCUAAAGUGAUCUCCCCUGGAACAGAUAGACUCAAAGAUAUCCAAAAGAGAUUUGAGGGAGAGAAAAAUGGUGAUCUUAGCAAUAACAGGCUAGGGAGACUAAGUGCAAGUGAAACUCAUCUUAACAUUACAGAAAAGUCAGAUUCACCCCGAUUUGGAAGUAAAAAGGUGUUGGACAGAUGGCACCCUCCAACAGAUUCACAAAAAUCUCCUUUAGCCACAAGUUUUAAAGCCACAAGCACAUCAAAUAUGGACAAUGGUGCCUCACGCAAAUCAGGAACAGUAACUCUGUUGGCAUCAAAAUUUAUAACUUCUAAAGAAUCCUUAAAUGAAAAUCAUGUAGCCACACCCACAGACCUGGAGCGCUCCGAGUCAUUUAAAGAUGUUUCCUCAAUAAGACGACAAUGGUCACAAGUACAUUCAGCAGAAAAACCUGAGCCAGCUUCAACCAGUUUAAGGAGGCAAAAAUCAGUGGGAUCUAAAGUAACAGAAAGAUGGCAAUUUGACAGACAAGGGUCUUUGUCAUCUCAAAAUGAUAAAGAACAACUGUCCCCAUCAACAAUUCACAGAGAACCUCUCUCACCUUCCAGAACUCACCUUUUCUCAGCCUCAUCUCAAGACAACCAGGUCAUUUCUCCUUCUAGGUCAAGGCCAUUAUCAACAUCCUCUAUAGAUAGUCAGAAAGAUGUUGUUGUUGUUGCUACACCAGUUACCAUAACAACCAAUGGUUGGCACCGUACAAAUGGAUCUCACAAGGAAGAAGAAGAGAGACUCGAGCGUGAGCGAUUGGAACGUGAAGAGGCGGAGCGAGAAGAAGCAGCAAGAAGGAUGGAAGAGGAACAAAAGAAGAGAUCUCGCAAGAGGAAAGGGUUGGGAGGCCUUGACAAAGAAAAGAAGAAUAAACUCAAAGAUUUGCAUGAUGAAUCUGAGUCUGCUGAUGAUGAAGAUGAUGGAAGCAUGUCCAGCGAUUCAUCUUUUCAAAGCUUACACUUAAAAUCGGGAUCACUGCACAGAGUUACACCCCUCCCUUCAGAUCUGGAAAGCAUGAGUAAAGCUGCAUUGGUAAAACUGUGUAAGGACCUGCAUACCUUAGUGGCCACUCUAGAAGAAGAACUGUACGACUGGAACAUGAAAGUCAGAAAACAGGAAGCAGAAAUCAACUCUCUAACUCUUAAGGUCAAUGAUUCCAAAGGAAAAUUCAUUAAACCAGUUCUUAGAAAAGUCAACAAAGAGAGCAAAUUUGAUAAGCUUAAGAAAGAUAAGUCAGAUUUUCGGGGCAAUUUGAAGUCAACAGGCCAGAGUAAAUAUGCACUAGAUGAAGAAGGAGAAGAAAAGGCGGAAUAAAUUAUCACCAUGGUUUCUACGCUAGCUAAAUAUUGAGAAAUAGACAAAGAAGAGCUGAUUAUAGCAAUAAUGAAGAAUUAGUAAGGAAACAUCAGAAUUUGGCGAUUAUCCUGUAGUAACCCAUGAUUUCAACGUUCUUCUCCUGUGUGGCUCCAAUGUUCUUCGACCUACAUUUGUUUUUAUUUUCUGGACACAUGCAGUAUAAAAAUGUUUCAUAUUUCGAACUCUUUUUAUUUUUUCUGAAGCAUUGUUUUGACUGGACUGUGGCUAAUUUCUCAUAGCAAGUGUAAAUUUAGAAUGUAUAAUGUAUACAUGUUAGCUACAAAUGUAUGGUAAUAUUUAACAAUUACAAUGUAAUGCGGUUAUGAAUGUAUGAAAGUUUUUCUUAUUAUUGAAAGGGAUAGUUUCACAAACAUAUUGUGAAUUGCAUAUUCAUUUUCGUAGUCAAAGGUGCUGUGUAAUGGAAUUCUAUUCAAAUUUUAGUUUUGUUUUUUGAAACUUAUUUAACCUGCCAAAAAAUAUUUUAUUGCUGCAUGCUUGUACAUGUAAACCUUAAUUUUUGUCCAAGAGACAACAAAUUAUAUUGGAAUAUCAAAACCAUCAAAAAUAUUAAUGGAAGGUGGAAAGAUAUUUUCUUCCAUUGGUCUUUUUUGGAGGAUUAAUUGCCUACAAAUGUUUUUUAACCACUAAUUACUUUAGAGCCUUUUAGAUAUAUCUGUUUCAUUAUUCUAUUUAUUGUGACAGUUGCUGUGUAUAUGUAAAUAUGUGUGACCUAGCUAUAGACUCCUUGCUCAAGACUAGCAGCAAGGAUUAAUAUAAUACUACAAUUAAUUAAUGUUCAAAUUAUUUAAUAUAUAUGUUUCAUAGAUAAUAUUCAAAUUUAUCUAUAUAUGUUCCUAAUUAUAAUAAUUUUUUAAAAAAAAUAUUGCUUUUAAUUUUUGUCAUAGGCAAACAGUAUACCCAUUGAAAACUGCAAAAAUGCUUUGGCCAAUUAUGAAAAACCUAACCCUCUUUUUACACACAGUUUUUAUCAUCAGGUGAAAACUUGUAAUUAACUUUGACCAGGAUGAAAUAUGACAUCCAAUAUGUAAUUUGUUUUCUUUAGUGAAAAGAAGUUUCUGUAAGAUCUAGAUGGGAUAUUUUGUUCGAGCAAUAAACUCAUUCCUUGCCAAAAAGAA